AUGGAUGCGUCCAAAGUGACGAGUAAAACUAGCUCGUUGAAGGCACUGAUCCUCAAAGCUUGGAGGGAGCGGUGGACGGAUAUACAAUGGGGAAUCAACAUCAAGACUAUUCUCCCGCGAGGAGUUAGCGGUGAUCUGUAUAACCUAGCAGACUGCAUACUUCAACAAGCGAUGGUUGGCUGUGGAGCAAAUCAGUUAGUGAUAUCAUAUUUGAAACAUUCACUGGCAUCUCAUCUUGUCUCGUAUGCCGCAGUUUUGCAAAGAAUAGCAAAAUUUGAUGCAUUUCAUAAACCUCAUUGCAUCAUGAGCUUACUUGAGUUCUUGGAAGGUGUCCUUGAUGGCAUAACCUGUCGUGGCAAAAUGGAAGAAGAAGUAUUGUCGUUUGCUGUGUCAUCGAUAAUUCUGUGGCUGUUGCAAGUAUACCAUUACUGUCUCAGCAAAUAUCCAUCAUCAAAUCCUAUUCAAAGUCAAGAAUUAUUGGAAAAGUCCACAUCACUGUUAAACUCUAUAAUGAAUGCUGAUUUUCUACUAGCUAUGUUCUAUUUGGCUAAACAGAAUGAUCCUAAAGAGUACAAUGAAGUCACAAAGAAAUGCCAGGAAAUCACAGCGUUCAUGAUGAUGAACACUCAGUUUAAGGCACCUGUCACUAUACAUGAGACAUUACAAAAGAUAUGCAAUAUGGAUAUUGAUAAGAUAGCACCGUUGAACAAUAAGCCCGAGCCUGUAACUCAUUGCUUACAAGCACUUAUAGCGGUUAAUGUGCUAUCUAACCCUAGUGCUAAUAUGCAACAGCUAUCCAGUCAGCUACUCAUGGUGCAGCGGAUUAAAGGAUACCCAUUAUCAAGACUUUACUGUGAACUUAUUAGAGCCAGUUUUAUUUCCCUCAAUGAUUCAAGCAAGGAUUCUACAACACAAUCUUUGUGGGCCGCCUUUACUUUCCUGAAAGUACCACAAGUCAUUCAUUACCUACACAAUCUUUGUGGUACUACAGCCAAGGAUAGUGAAUAUUCAAUAGAAAUUGCUGAAGCAUUUGAAAAACUGCUACAGUCAACACCACUUUUAGAUAUUGUUGAUACAAAGAACAGUUGCAAUAGUAUAGUGUCCCUCUUAGAACCUUUAGUCAAACUAAAUGUAGUAUCAGAUAACCAUUUGGCAUAUUUCAAACAGAAGCGUGAACACAAAGAUGUUAAAUUGCAAAAGUUGGAACCAACUGGCCUUCAGGGUUCAGUUCCAAUGUUUAUUACUAGAGCAGAACCAACUUUAACGGGCAUUUUGAAAACAUUGGGCGGUGAUUGUCACAAAACACAGGACUCCUUAUAUGCUAUGCUGUGUCAAAUCGUAGUUGGUGGCACUACUUUAGAUACUAUACUAGCUGUUGCAACUGUAGAAGGAAAGUUGAAACUAUUUGUAUCUAG